UUGUUAGACACAACCAUGUGAUAUUUUCUACUCUAUGCCUUCGUCCCAAACCCACCAAUUACAACACUUCUCACCACAACCACUCCUCAAAACCUCAUCACAUUUUCUCACAUACACAAUGGCAUCUAUAUAUAUAUACAUACAUAUCAAACCUAGCUAGCCGAAUCCAACACAACUCUUAAUUUAAAUUCUCAUUCUCUUACUUGUAAAGCAAGUUUUCUCAUUGUUUUUGAAAUCUUUUACUAAAAAUGGCUAUUCGUUUUCCCGCAAUUUCACAUGCUAAACAGAUUCUACGCCGGUCAAAUCUGGUGGCGAAUCAAGCAGCGAAAGAUGUUCCGAAAGGGUACUUAGCAGUGUAUGUUGGAGAAAGCCAAAAGAAGAGGUUCAUAGUUCCGAUUUCUUUGUUGAAUCAGCCUUCUUUUCAAGAAUUGUUAAGAAAAUCUGAGGAAGAAUUCGGAUUUAAUCAUCCAAUGGGCGGUAUAACGAUUCCUUGUAGAGAAGAUGACUUUAUCGAUCUUACUUCGCGUUUGAGAUGAUUAAUCAUGAUGUGUAUUUAAAUCAUCAUAAGUCAUAACACAGUUUUGUAAUUUUUGCUUUUAUCUUUGUAUGGAGAUAUGUAUUUGUAAAUUUUUUGAUAUUUAUUUCCAAUGAGAUUAAUCAAAGAUAAUUGUUUCACUCAA